AUGACUUUGAAGAAUUAUAAAUUUGUAAAGGAAGCAAGCCGCAAUGUAUCUAACCUGUUACAAAAACUUUGGUGGAUGAUGAAAUUACCAAAACACCUAAAAUUUUCAGGCUAUGCUGUGAAUCAAUUGAUCAAACCAAUUCAAUUUGAAGCUUCAUCUAUCAAAUAUAUGAAAUGGUGA